AUGGAGGAAACAGACAUCCGAAUAGCAGAAGUGAAGCGCGAUGCCUAUGAAUUCAGGCGAGACAUUGUUGUUGGCGCUGAAAACCCUAGAACUGGCAAGACAAUUGCCGAGAAGGUCCUCAAGUACAUGGAAGACAAACUGACGCAAAAGGAUAUGCAGAUCAACAAGCUCCUAAUGAAGAAUCAGGCCUACAAGGUGGCUAUCAAAAAGGCCGAGGCCCAGCUCAAAUCGAAGGCGGAGACUGGCGACGAUUUGCAAUACAUUGACUUUCAUCAACUCCAGAUAGAGAAUUCACAGUUCGUAAAGCGGAUUGAAGAAGCAAAUCAGGAGCUUAUUGAAUUGAAACGAAGGGCUGGACGAACUGUCAAGAUCCUGAAUAAUAUGAAGAAGAAACUCAGUAGCCUCACAGCCGAGGCAAAGUUUCUGGAAGAUGAAAUCAAAGAGCGCAAAGCCAUGCUUGCAAAGACGGAGCAUGACAUUGUCAAAGUUGUGGAGGAGAAAGAAGCAGCACGCAAAGAGCACAAGAAGCUCCGAGCACAGUCAAGACAGUCUCCAGAAAUGCCGCAAGUGGUUGACUAUGUCAGCCAAAAGGCUGAGGCCUACGAGCUAGAGGCACAAAAAAGAAACUGGGAGAGGAAAGUGGAGCUUGCUGAAACUGCAGCGAAGCGAAUCCGGCAGGCUGUCAAGAAUGGGACGCAAUUGCCGGGCAGAUAA